AUGCGUGCCUUCUUCGUCCUCUGUUUAUUCGCCGUUGCCUGUGCCGACAACUUGGGCUACAACUAUCGCCCGGAAGGACACUCAGACGCCGGUCUCUCGUUUGCACCAGGUGGCAGCAGUGGUGGACUUGGUGGUCUGGGUAGUUAUGGUGGACCAGGAGGUGCAGCGACACAAGUUUCACCUUCUUACUCCGCACCCGUUGCCGAAUUCGAUAAGGAGUUCUACACUUACAGCGCUGAUGAAGAUGAUUUCAAUGAACCCGCCGGCAGUGAACAACUGGAAGCUGCAUUGAAGAAGAAUCUACGUGUUGUCUUCGUUAAGGGACCCGAAAAUAAUGGUUUGGAGAACGCCGCCCUCAAUCUUGCCAGAAUUGCUGCCGAAAAGAAGACCGCCAUCUAUGUUCUACAAAAACAAGCCGACUUGGGUGAUUUGGCCAACAAAUUGCAGUCUCAACACGACCUUACAGGUCACAAACCCGAUGUACACUUCGUCAAGUACCGCACACCAGAGGAUGCUGCCAAUGCCCAACGUGCUAUUCAAUCGCAAUACGAUCAAUUGGGUGGCAACUCUCAAUCGCACGAUGGUGGCGCCGCACCAGUUCAUGACUUUUCGUCUCCUGCCUCGCGACCAGCUGCCCGUCCAAUAAGCGCUCCAGGUGCUUCAUACUUGCCUUCCUCGAUUAUCCGAAAAUAA